AUGAGUGUGGUUUUGAAAGAAGUCACGCGGAACAAGCAAACGAAUGAAGAGAAACGCAGGGAACGCCAAAAGGAAUUGUCGGAGGCUCUCAACAAGAAAGCUCAAGAGCGUUUGGCACAAGAAUCUGGACGAUCUGAAGCGAAGAAAGCAGUGAAAUCGAACGUUUCUUACAAGAGCUACGACAGGUUUCCUCAAGAUGCUGAAGUUGAAGGGCUGGUGAUUCAUGUUGAUCGUCGUCAUGAUUCGGUCAUUCUUCCGUUGUUUGGAAUUCCAGUGCCAUUUCAUAUUUCUAUGAUCAAGAAUUGCUCCACUUCUGUUGAGAAUGACACGAUGUACCUUCGGAUCAACUUCGCACAUCCUGGAGCAAAUAUUGCGGCUCCAUCGAACAAUCUCAAUAGUGCUUUCCGCUUGAUCAAGGAUAUGCAGAAAAAGUCUCGAGCUGAGGAGGCAGAACAACGCGAAAAGGAGGGCGCUGUGCUUCAAGACAAGCUUAUCAUCGCAGCAAACAAAGUCAACCCAAAGUUGAAGGAGCUGUAUGUUCGUCCGAAUAUCAUCUCCAAACGAAUCUCUGGAUCACUCGAGGCUCACACCAAUGGUUUUCGAUACACAUCAUUGCGAGGAGACAAGAUUGAGGUUCUCUACAAUAACAUUCGACAUGCAUUUUUCCAACCGUGUGACAAAGAAAUGAUCAUCUUGCUGCACUUUCAUCUCAAAAACCCUGUACUAUGGGGAAAGAAGAAACACGGAGACAUUCAAUUCUUCACCGAAGUUGGAGAAAUUACCACCGAUCUGGGAAAGUAUCAUCACAUGCAAGACCGUGAUGACGUGGCUUCGGAACAAGUAGAACGCGAAAUGCGACGAAAGCUCAAUCAAACGUUCCAAGCUUUUUGCGACAAAGUGGUGAAACAAGCCAACGAGGUUUUCGAGUUCGAGACGCCAUUCAACGAUCUUGCUUUCUGGGGAAAUCCAAUGCGCAAUAGUGUCAUGUUGAAACCGACCUCGUCGUGUCUUGUCAACCUCACGGAAUCUCCUUACACAGAAGGAAUCCAAUCGCUCAACUGGCCAAAGAUUAUGAAAACGAUUGUUGAUGAUCCCGUGGAUUUCUUCCAAACCGGUGGUUGGAGUUUUCUCGAUCCAGCCGCAGAGGACGAGGACGACGACGAAGACGACAGUGAUGAAAGUGAGGCCUAUGUACCAUCGGGAGAGGAUGAUGAAUCCGGUUCCGGUUCCGAUUCCGAUUCCGAAGAAUCUGAGGGAGCAACUGAAGAUGAUGGUGGUAGUGAUAGCUCGUUGGAUUCGGACGAAAGUGAAGGAAAGGACUGGUCUGAUUUGGAAGAAGAAGCAAGGCGUGCAGACAAGCGUAAGGACUUCGAGGACACGGGACGAGGAGGAUCGGCCGAUUCUCGAUCGGAUACAGAUCCGAGAUCGAUUUUCGGAAGUGCUCGCCCAAGCUCGGGAAGAGCGUCAACUCGAGAAAGAAAGGCGAGCUCGGAUGAAGCUAGUUUUGACACUCAA